AGGAGGUCUAAUCAGUUUUAGUGAGUACACCUGUGUGGAGGAUAGAAGGGAUCUGACUGUGCGCGUGCUGUCUUUGUUCCCCUGAAGCAAGAAGCAGAAAACUGAGGACUGGGCUCUUUCCUUACGAGGUGAAACAUCAUUUCUGAUGCAGGCGAAUCAGGAGAAUGAGACACAUCACGUCUAAUUUAUUCUUCACCACUGGACUGCUCAUUGGAUUUCUCUGCCUUCGCUUUCUGUUGGUCUACAACUUUUAUAUGGAACACGACACACGUUUUAUCAGAAAUGCCAAACCCGGUUUACAACAUGUACACGCAGGUGAGGGCAAGAGCUCAGCAGCAAAUUCUUCUCACACAACACGGAUCUUAUGUUGGAUCAUGACGGGACCCAAGAACCUGGAAUCUCGAACCAAGCACAUCAGAGAAACAUGGGCCAAGCGCUGUGACAGGGUGCUGUACAUGAGCUCUGUCAAGACUGACUUCCCCACCGUGGAGCUGAAUGUGAGCGAGGGGAGGGACAACCUCUACUGGAAGACCAUUCGAGCUUUUCAGUACAUCCACGAGCACCACUUUGACGAAGCAGACUGGUUCCUAAAAGCAGACGAUGACACAUUCGUGGUCAUAGAGAACCUCCGCUACACCUUGUCCAAAUAUGAUCCAGAGAAGCCGUUGUACCUGGGCAGAAGAUUUGCCCCUUUCAUCACUCAAGGCUACAUGAGUGGUGGAGCAGGUUACGUCCUUAGUAAGGAAGCACUAAGAAGAUUUAUCAAAGGCUUCGACUCAGGGGAAUGUACCCACUUCUCCACCAUAGAGGACAUGGCUCUGGGGAAAUGUAUGGAGACAAUGAAGGUGGAGCCAGCAGACUCCAGAGACAUGAAGGGGAGACAAACAUUUCAUCCUUACCCUCCAGACCAUUACCUGGUCAGACAGUUCCCAAGACCACGGCCUUGGUUUCUGCUUUACGAACACUACACUCCAGUAGAGGGUCCAGGUUGCUGUUCAGAUUUAGUUGUGUCUUUUCAUUACAUUUAUGCUGUCCAGCUGUAUGUUCUGGAGUACCUGACGUACCAUCUGCGGCCAUAUGGAUACAAAUACAGAUUUAAUCCAGAUGAACAUAUCGAACUCAACGCCACAACUAAGUCCAUAUAAAAUGUGGAUAUCUGCACAGUGUCUGCACUAACUGGAGGGGUUGAGGGUAUCAGCACGAUUUUAGAGCCAAGAUUAAUUUAUUUAUCAUAAUGUAUCAAAUCUCCUGUGACCAUAAUCUUAUAACUUAAGUAGGUGGAGGUUUCACCAUGACAAGCUUUAAGUACUCUUGUCAAGGUCUGAUAUCAACUGUGAAAACUGAUGAUGAUUGGGGGUGUGUAUGGGCCUGUUUUACUAAGCUGUCACUUUGUGUGUAGAAAGAAAUGAAAUGUAAUUAACAGUCACAUUUUACGGUGGUGUGUGCCUUCUAUCUGUCUCCCUUGUUUUUGUGUUUAACGACUCCUGCAAACUUGGAAUUUACUUGAAAGGUGUGUUCCUAUUUGAAACAUCUGUGUACAGUCUGUGUUGUGCUUGACAGCAACAAGAGGAUGGGGAUCCAUGGGUAAAAUACUGAGGAGGUAUUUCAGCCAUGUACAGGAAGUAAUGCAAAAUGUUAUUUCAACAGAGAAGAUGAGAUUUCCAGUUAGUUGGUAUUUGUCAACAACAUUGGUACUUGUCACAUACUUACAUGGUUUGAAUCGCAUCAUGCUGUCACUAUCUGGCAGUGUAGAAAACCAGCUUGGGUUUUGAUUAUAAGUAUAUUAUACAUAAAGUAUUUCAUAUUACAUACUAUUAGUGCAUGUACAGUGGUUCAAUAUGUAGAAAACGGCAUUAAGCACACCUGAUUAGGAAUUCAAGCAGGGGCUAUUUUGUGCGCGAUCAGAAGAACAACUUGCUUACUCCUUUGGCUAAAAAUAAAUAGAAUCACUGCCUCAUGA